AAAUAAAACUCAUUCAAUUAAUUCUCAUUAUUUCUUCCGCGGAUAGUCCCAUGUCAAUGAUGUCAUCACCGGAAUAUUCCUUCUCCGGUCACAGGAGAUAGCUGCAGAGGAGGGUAGCCUCUUUAAACAAAGCUGCGGGAAUUUCUGGUCCUAUAUUGGCAGUACCGAAAAUGCCAUACCUCGUACGCGGGCAUUUGUUCAUCGGCAACAUUGGAGAUGCUGCAGAAGUUCUCCAGAAUGGAAGUGAUGACAUCACACACAUACUCUCGGUCCUAAGCUCAGCUUCCAUUUCUUUCUUCUCUGAGUGGUGAAGUGGGAUUUCAAUCUCAACUAAAGAAAUCCGGGAGGUUUUUGUUGGGGACUCUGAUUCAGAAAAUGGGUCCAAGAGCGCACUCUCACCGGAUCCUCUACUCACUCGAGUAUGCAGGUAACGAUUUGAAGAUUGUGAGGAUGGCAGUGCCUCUGAGGGAUAUGGAGAGCGAGGACUUGCUCGAUUAUUUGGAUGCAGCUUUGGAUUUUAUCGAAAAUAGUCGGAAUGAUAAUUCGGUUUUGGUUCACUGUUUUGCAGGUGUAUCAAGAAGUGCAGCUAUCAUUACAGCAUGCCUGAUGAAUAGUGAACAGCUCACUGUAGAUGAUGCUAUUGAGUCUUUGAGACAGAGCUGUGAAUCUGUAUGCCCAAAUGAUGGCUUCCUGGAGCAGUUGAAAAUGUUUGAAGAAAUGGGUUUUAAGGUGGAUCGUGAUAGUCCAAUAUACAAGCGCUUCCGCCUAAAAGUAUUAGGUGAGACCUAUAACCGUGGAGAGAAAAUAGAUAUUUCCAAGUUCGGGCGUGACCCGGGCUUCCCUGCUGAAAAACGUUCUUCCAAUUUCGAAAGAUUGACCAAUAACGAAGCUCGGCCUAAUACUCCUGCUUACCGUUGCAAGAAAUGCCGCAGGCUAGUUGCCUUGAAAGAAAUGUCGUGGAUCAUGUUCCGGGAGAGGGCGAAACGUGCUUCAAUUGGCGUAAAAGGAGUGGUACUUUUAGCAGAUCUGAAGAUAACGAGUGUUCUAUCUUUAUCGAGCCUCUUUGCUGGAUGAAAGCUGGUACAUUUUUUUUUUUUUGAUCGAGUCUUUCUCAUAGGGAAACUUAGUACGUAAAGUCGUGAACUUAAUCAUGAUAGUGAACUUUCUUAUGGUACACACAAGUUUGCACAUUUUCAUCAUAACUGCUGAAAUGGGACUUUCACACUAUCACUUCUAAACGUAGACGCGCUUCAAGUAAAGUUGUGAUGGUUUUGACUCGAGUUUCUUACUCAGGAACCAAACCUGAUUGAUUCUAGCUUUUACUAGCUUUACUGCCUAAUUGUUUUGAAAAUUAUUCAGUUGAAGAAGGUGGUCUGGAGGGAAAGCUAUCGUGCAUCAACUGUGAAGCUCGUUUGAGUUACUUCAACUGGUCCGGCAUUCAGUGCAGUUGCGGAAGCUGGAUUACACCUGCAUUCCAGCUUCACAAAAGCCGAGUCGACAUCAGCACUAUCUAGAAUCUUCUUCCCGGUUUUUUUAUCCGAUUUGUGGCUUUUUUUUCAUGUGAUUUGACUUUCCCUAGCAAAAGUAUAAUCGAAGUUAUAUAUCUGCGACUACAUUUUGUCCAGAGUACUUGGCAGUGUAAUACUGUGUACUGUCCUUUUGGAGAUUUGGCGACUUAUUGGAAAAUUUGGUCUUAUCUCUUUGAAGUGAUGAAAAUGAAAAUUGGAUUUUUGAA